UCGAACGUUUCGAAAACAGCGCAGUUGUUACGUUUCAACGUGUACAGUUACGUUCGCGACUCGCGUUGACGGUACAGUUUUUAUGUUGCUUUGCAUUUUUUGUCACUUUGUGUACAAAUAUUUCGCUUUUAUCAUCUGAGCAGAUUUUUUCGGCUUUUACUCUAUCAUUGCGCUAUUGAUUUCGUCAUCUAGAUAAGAGACAAACUAAAAUAAAAUGGUCACAAAAAAGCAGAAAAACAAAUGACUUGACGACGACAUAAAAUAGAACACGCUGAACUUCGCUUCACAACUUUGCAGCUCUCAUAUCAACAAUAUGAUAUCAACUAUCUAUAAGAAUCUUGAUAUCAACAACCCAAGCAGCUGUUGUUGGAAGUUGGUUGGAAGCCUUUGAGAGAAGAGCGCGGAGGGGUUGGUCGUCGCGGUACGUUGCGUUUUAUCGCUAAUAAUAAGCAUUGUAUUAUUAAUUACAAUGGAUUACAAGAAUAAGAUCAUACUGGCACCAAUGGUUCGUGUCUCUACACUACCUGUUCGCCUUCUGGCCUUGGAAUAUGGCGCUGAUAUUGUUUUUACCGAAGAGCUCGUGGACUGGAAGCUUUUGGCAGCUGUGAGGCAAGUUAACAAGUCAUUGGGGACUGUGGACUAUGUGGACCCAGCGGACGGCACUGUCAUCCUGCGCACCUGCGAAGAGGAACGCUCCCAAGUGGUGCUCCAGAUGGGCACAUGUGACGCAGAGCGAGCCCUCCAGGUGGGCCGCAAAUUUGAGAAUGAUGUGGCCGGCAUCGACAUCAACAUGGGCUGUCCCAAGGAGUUCUCCAUCAAGGGCGGCAUGGGCGCCGCCCUGCUGCAGCAGCCCGACAAGGUCAAGGACAUUCUGACGACGCUCGUCAAAGGCGUCAGAGUGCCGGUGACUUGUAAGAUCCGCCUGCUGGCCUCUGACGCCGAGACGCUCUCCUUCUGCCGGAUGGUGGAGUCGUGUGGCGUGGCGGCGCUCACUGUUCACGGCCGUACGCGUCACGAGCGGCCGCGGCACCCGGUUCACGAGGACGCCAUCCGGCGAGUGGCAGAGGCGCUCACCAUACCCGUCAUCGCAAACGGCGGCUCUCGCCACAUCCAGUGCCGUGCAGACGCGGAGGCGUUCCGGGAGCGCUGCGGCACCUCUGGCGUAAUGCUGGCCCGCGCCGCCAUGUGGAACCUCUCUGUAUUCCGGCCGCAGGGGCCGCUGGAGAUGGACACCGUCAUCACCCGGCUGCUGGAACUGUGUGUCAGGUACCAUCACCCGUUCACUCAGGCCAAGUACACGGUACAACAGAUGCUACGAGAGCUACAAGAAACACCGCGCGGCAAACGAUUCCUGGCUGCGCAGACCUUGGAGGAAAUAUGUGCCAUCUGGGGUCUGGGUGGCGCCUGUCGCGCGGCGAUCGGACCCCCGACCAGCCCCGACGGCAGGCCGCUGUCCAAACGGCCGCGGCUCGACGACGGUGUGGAGCCCGGACACCGAGCCUUCGUGCGGGGCCACUACACGCCGGAGCAGCUGCCCAAGACGCUGCUGCACGCGUGGAGCGUGCGCCACGGCCUGCCGCUGCCCAGCUACCAGCUCGAGUUCUCCGACAAACUGUUCAGAGCCGUGUGUACCGUCAAGGAGCGACGCUACGCAUCAAUCUGGGAGAAGAAUAAGAAGUUCGCCGAGCAGGGCUCUGCCCUCACCUGCUGUAUAUGUCUGGGGAUCAGCGGCCUGCCCGCGGACAUCGGUCUGGUGUCCCCUGUGUCCGGCGGACAGGCGGUGUCCGCUGGACAGGCGGUGUCCGCUGGACAGCCGGUGCCCGCCGUUACUGAGAGCGGCGACAGUCUCACUCUGCAAAAGGACACGUCGGGUGGGACGGCAAACGGGCAGCACGGCCCCGAGACCGACUCUCAGCGCUGUGCAGUGGGGCUGGAGGAGCGAACGGUAGGCCAGGACAGACUGGUGAAGGGAGCGGUGGAGCAGAACGAUACGUCGGUGAUGGCGGAAAACGGGGAAACAGUGGAGGGAGAGGUAGCGCAAAACGGGGACUCAGCAGCCGCCGAAAGUGAACGGAAAACGAACGGUUUCGCCCCUGCCCGCGGGUUGGUCGAGGGUGUCGGAUUAGGGCGGAGAUGAACGAUUUUAUAUGUCUGUUUUAGUAUGUGGGCUGAUAAGUGUGGGUACCCUGUUGUUGUUAGAGGCUGAGUGGCCAGUUGUGAGGUUUGUUUUUAUUUUUCAGGGACGAGGGUAGGGUGACAAUGCAGCCAAGAUACCUCUGAUAGUGUAAUAUGAAUACAUGGCACAUUGUGUAA